ACGAUAUGGUAUUUGUUCUCUCUCUCCUCCGAUAUUGAUUUCCUUGGGUUUGGGAAUUCCAAAAAUCGCAGUUGAAGUGUGUUCGAUUUUCUUCUGUUGUGGUAUUCCUUUGAAAAGAGCUGGGCUUUUUUGCCCUGUAGCCGUUGAAAUCCAUGAUCAUCUGCCAUGGAUUCGUCUUCAGUUCAAUCCGGUCCCUCCAUUGAAGUAGACGAGUGGGAUACCGAUGGGUUCGUGAUCCCAAGCUUGACAGUUGGAGAAUCUGGACUGAGUGAAGUGGAUGUGCCUGAUGCAUUGGGCUUGAAGCCUACUUCUACCAAGGUCAUUAAGGAAGAGGAAAGGAUAUACUUGGGACCACACGGUGCACCGCCUUCUCAAGCCAAGCAGCAGCAAGAACUGAACGCUGCGGGCCGUAGACAGCGGUACAAGUACAAGCUAAAGGAAGCAGAUAGGAAGUUCACGGGCACGGGGCGGGAGAACAAGGUCGAAAAUCUGCGGGAGCUUGUGGGUGGUGGUAAGGCGAGCAUUGCCACCAUGCCGAAGGGUUCUCCUCGUGAUUGGCUUGAUCCGCAUUGCAACGAAUCUCAAUUUGAGAGGUAUUCUCAGUGAAAAUCUUGUUGGCUUUCGUACAAGUGAACUUAAGUAUACUGUGUUGCUUUUUCUUGCAACUAUAUAACUUGACGUAGUGAUCUACGGAAACGGCCUAGAUUAUUUAUGAGAUUAUGUAUAAUUGCUAUUACUGUUGGCUAUGGGUCGAUACUAUUCAAAUAGAUCUGGUGAAAGCCUUUGUAUCA